AUGGCUUCUUCCGACCCCAAGGCCCACAACAACCCUGACUUCCAGCUCCAGGAGAUCUUCAAUGUUAAAGACAAGGUGUGCCUAGUCACGGGAGGGGGCAGCGGUAUUGGAUUGAUGCUCGUGCAAGCGCUCGCCGUCAAUGGAGCAAAGGUCUACAUCUGCGGCCGCACCGAAGAGAAGCUCCAGCAAGUGGCGGACACCUACAACCAAGGCAUCUCCGGCCAGAUCAUCCCAAUCACCUGCGACAUCAGCAAGAAGAACGAGAUUGCGGGCCUCUACGACCAGCUGUCCAAGAAGGAGCAACGCCUCGACAUCCUCAUCAACAAUGCCGGAAUCUCAACCAAGACGUUCCAAACCGAGGCCAGCUCAGCCGAUGAGAUGAAGAAGAACCUUUUCGAGAACCAAGACGCCACGUUCGAGGACUGGGAUGACAUUUACCGGACGAACGUCUCGCAGUGCUGGUUCAUGUCGACCGCCUUCCUGCCGAUGCUGGACAAGGCCACGCAGCAGCAGCACGGAUGGUCCAGCACGAUUAUCAACAUCACCUCGAUCUCUGGACAGGUCAAGACCUCGCAGCACCAUCCUCAGUACAACGCAUCGAAGGCCGCCCAGAUUCACCUCACGAGGAUGUUGGCGGAAGAGAUUCAAGUCAAUGGGCUGAAGAUCCGUGUCAACAAUAUCGCUCCCGGCGUGUUCCCAUCGGAAAUGACAGCUGGUGAGAGCGGUGCCAACCAGAAGUCUCACGUGCCCAAGGACAAGUACGAGAGCAAGGUACCAGCUGCGCGCCCAGGGAACGACAGGGACAUGGCUGGGACUUUACUGUUCUGCGCAACCUGCCAGUACCUCAACGGCCAGACCAUUACCGUUGACGGCGGCUACACCCUUGCCGCUGGGCGUUAG